AUAUGUUUCGGGCAACACUGGUAACAUUAGCGACUUUAUACCAACAGCACUGAAUCAGUCGAUCGGUACAUAGCCACUGGUGUAUGUGAAAUACAUUUUGCUUCAAUCAGAACACAAAUCUUCAAUAUUCCGAACGGAAGACAAGUGAAUCUACUCCGAGGAUAUUCCAUUUAAUUUAAUCGAAAAUUAUCAGACACAUUCUCUCCAAAAUGCCGAUCAAGAGCAUCUUCGCCCGUCAAAUUUUCGACUCCCGUGGUAAUCCAACCGUUGAAGUUGAUUUGACCACCGAGCUGGGAUUGUUCCGCGCUGCUGUGCCGUCCGGAGCAUCAACUGGUGUCCAUGAAGCUUUGGAAUUGCGUGACAACGAAAAAGCCAACUGGCACGGAAAGGGUGUUCUUCAAGCCGUCGGUCAUAUUAACAAGACUAUUGCCCCCGAACUGAUCAAAGCUGGUCUUGAAGUGACACAGCAAACUGAAGUCGAUGAAUUUAUGAUUAAAUUGGAUGGAACUGAAAACAAAUCCAAAUUCGGUGCAAACGCUAUUCUUGGAGUUUCAUUGGCCGUUUGCAAGGCCGGUGCUGCCAAGAAGGGAGUACCACUAUACAAACAUAUCGCUGACUUGGCUGGCAACAAAAAUAUUAUUUUGCCAACACCUGCAUUCAACGUAAUCAACGGUGGAAGUCAUGCCGGUAACAAAUUGGCCAUGCAAGAAUUCAUGAUCUUUCCAACCGGUGCUACCUCUUUCACUGAAGCCAUGAAAAUUGGUUCGGAAGUGUACCAUCAUUUGAAGAAAGUCAUCAACACCAAAUUCGGUCUCGACGCCACUGCUGUGGGUGAUGAGGGUGGAUUUGCCCCAAACAUUUUGAACAACAAAGACGCUUUGUUGUUGAUCCAAGAUGCUAUUGAAAAGGCUGGAUACACCGGAAAAGUUGAAAUCGGUAUGGAUGUUGCUGCUUCUGAAUUCCACAAGGAAGGGCUCUACGAUUUGGACUUCAAGAAUCCGGCAAGCGACAAAGCCCAAUGGUUAUCGCCAGAAAAACUUACAGCUCUAUACCAGGAGUUCAUCACCGAAUUCCCCAUGGUCAGCAUUGAAGAUCCCUUCGAUCAGGAUCAUUGGGACGCCUGGACAAACAUGACCGCCAACACCCAAAUUCAAAUUGUAGGUGACGAUUUGACCGUUACGAAUCCAAAACGCAUUCAGACUGGCAUUGAGAAGAAGGCUUGCAAUUGUUUAUUGCUGAAGGUCAACCAAAUCGGUACCGUUACCGAAUCGAUAAAGGCUCAUUUGUUGGCCAAGAGCGCCGGAUGGGGAACCAUGGUCUCACAUCGAUCUGGCGAAACUGAAGAUACUUUCAUUGCUGAUUUGGUCGUUGGUUUGAGUACCGGUCAAAUUAAGACUGGUGCACCAUGCCGUUCCGAACGAUUGGCCAAAUACAAUCAAAUUUUACGCAUUGAAGAGGAAUUGGGCGCUGCGGCAAAGUAUGCCGGUAAGAGUUUCCGUAAUCCACAAUAAAUGUUCGGUCGAUCAUAAAAACUGCAAAACUGUAGAUUUUCACGCGUUCGGUCAAAUAAGUUAAAGUAAAUUAUUGUUAGUCCAUCGGAUAUGAUCCAAAUUAUAUAUUUUUGAGCAAAGGUUAUCAGUCACGCCACAUCGUAACGAUAAAGAGUUGUUAGAAUCGGACCGUUCCUUAUAUUUACUUUUAAAAUUGUAAAUCAGCAUGUUGAGCUAGGGUUAUAAACCCUGUCGAAUUUAUUGCAAAUAAAAGUUAUGUGAAAAAUGUUA